AUGCACUUUCUACCACAUUCAAGGCUAAUUGGGAUCCAUCUCACUAUUUCCACUCAUUCUGGCCCUCAAUUAAUAUAUCAUUAUCCACCAAGUUCAAUAGGUAAUUCAACUUAUAAAAGAAACAUCAAAAAGAAUAAUAAUACCUGUGGUGAUUCAUCUAAUGCGAAUUCAAAUAAAAAGAACCCAAAGAAUAAUACCACUACCAGUACUUCUUCCAUUGAAAAUGUUACUGUAGAUUUAGAAGAUGAUGAAUUUGGACUCAGUGAUAGUGAUUUAUCAACUGAAUAUGCAUCAGAAAGUGAUUCUGACAAUGAUCAAGAUAAAUUCGAUACUACUAACACCCCUACUGUUAGUAUUCCUUCAACAUCUAGCGCAUCGACUAUACAGGAAGAAACAAAACAAGUUUCUGAUGAUAUCACUACCGAUGAUACCCCAGCUAAGAUCGAAGAUACUGAUGAAGGUGUAAACACUGAACCUGAGGAAUUAGUUGAGCCAUCGCAAAAGAAUGAAAAGGCUUCUGAAAAAGAUGAAAAAGCACAGCUACCACAAAAAAAGGACAUAAAUGAUUUUGAUGAUGCUGCCAUAAACAAAAAAAGUAAACCGGAAGAUAAGAUUAGAAUUAAACCUUUACCAUUGGAUGAUAAUUAUUUCACUGAAGAAAAUUUUGAAGAUAUUAAUAAAAUAUUUGGAUUCGAUAGUGAUUUUGUUGCUGAAUUUUGUUCACCGGAGAGAGAAAUGUGUAAUACUAGAUUUGAAUUCACUAUAGAUGAAUUAUGUUUCUUAGGUUUACCAGUUCAUAUAGAUUCAGAUGGGAAAUGGAGAAAAUCAAGACAUUCAAAACGUCGUCAAGGCUCUGUUAAAUCUAAAAAAUCAUCUAGUGGAAGAAGUAGCAGCUCAAAUUUUAAGAGAAGUAGGAAAAGAUCAAUUAGUUUACAUCGAAGUAAAAGUAGAAGAUCUGAGGACUCUGAUCCAGAAGUGGCUGACGACGAAGGCAUAGAGAAUAAUAUUAACCAAAAUAAUAAUAAUGAUAUCGUUGACAAUGGAGAUGAUAAGACAGUGGAAGACUCGGUGGAACAGGUUGGUGAAUGCGAUAAGAAUAAUUUCGACAAAAAUAUGAAUAUGUUCCAUGUUUGCUUUAUAAUGAAUCCACCAUUAACAGAAUAUAAUAAGAAAACAGAUGAUAUGUAUCAAUAUGUUGUCGCCAAAUUAUCUUUACUGUUGAGAUAUGUUCAAGCGAAAGAUUCAUAUGUAUCCAAACAAUGUAAUUUGAUCUUAAAGGAACGAGAGAGAGUACUGAAAUUUUCCCAAAAAUACAAAUCAAUUAAAGGUAAACAUAACAAAGCAAAGUAUUUAUAUCGACGGAUAUUAGAAAAAUCUUCAUUGGCAAAAUCUUUAACUGAAUGUGUCCAUAAAUUACAAAAAAAUCAGAUAGCGUGUUUGGAUCUAGGUAAUAGGAAAAUUGUGUCCUUACAAGUUCCUGUCGAGAAUGAAUUCCAAAUACUACCUAAUUUCAAAAUUACACCGGCCAUUGAGAAUUGUUAUUUGACUUCAAUACUGAAUAAUAGUUUUUUGGAGCGUCUAUCUUUAAGGGCCGAUGGCUUAACUUCAACAACAACCGGAACCAAUGCUGGAACUAGUACCGAUUGGCGAAUAGAAAAUGAUGUCGAUGAUGAAACUAACAGGGGACGAACUAGUAAUAAUAAUAAUAAUAGAUCUAGCAAUAUAAAAUAUCAAAGUAUAUCUGAUGGGAAACCAACGAAUCCAAUGGCACUUAAUAGAAACACGGUGGUGACAUAUUAUUCUACAGGAGAUUCAGAAAUAUUAGAAAUGAAUAAUAAUGAUUUAUUAAAUUAUUCUAUAUUAUUGUUAGAUGAUCCAACCAAUAUCAUUCAAAGUCUUGAAGAGUCAUCAAAUCAAGAUGUGCUAGGUAAUACGAUUCUUCGACACCUUGUUAAACGGAUGCAACCGAAUAUUCCAAUAAGAAAUUAUCAAUAUAUUAUCGACGAGGUAUUGGGAUCAGGGUUUAAAUCGGGAAUAACUGAUAAUACAAUACAAUGUAACAUUUUAAGAUCAUGUACAUUACAUUUAAUUUAUUGGAGGUAUGCUAGAGUUAUUUUACCAAUAAGUUCCAAGAGUUUUUAUAUCGUUUCACCCGUUUCUUCUGUAUCUUACUCCAAGGAGAAUGAAUCCAAAUUUGUUACUGAUUCAAUUUCAUUCAAAGAGAAAUUUCCUCUGUUACCAACUCUAGAAAAUAUGUUAAGUAUAAUUUCUAAUAAUGGUACUGGGAAAGUUGAGUGUUUCAAUAAUAUUAUUCCAACUCGGGAGCACAAGCCUACUUAUUUAGGCGCACUAGCAUGGUUAAUUAGAUAUGGAUACGUUACACCGUUAUUAAGCUUUAUUUAUAUUAGAGUUGAUAAGAAAAUUAAAAUGACAGUAGAAGAAGAUUUGGAAAGAGAAGGGUUUAAGAAGAAGAAUGCUAAUGGACUUCAAAGGAAUAUUAAUCGAAGUAGUAUGGAUAAUGCAGUUGAUCAAAAAGAGAUGAAUACUGAUAAUGACUUAAAUCAGAUGACUGAAACCUUUGGUUCGAAUGUUACCAUUGAUGAAACAUUGAAGAAUACUAGUAUUCCGAAUGAAAGGGGAAGCAAUUUGAAUGAUGGACAGAAUGAUGAUAAUAUGAAUGAUGAUUUACAUUUCGAAUAUGAUGACCCUGAGUUACAAAAGGACUAUACGAUAAUAUUAGAUCCUGAAAGAGCUACUGCGAUUGAAAAACGAUGGAUUUUCAAAUGUAUUGCUGAUCAGCCUCCUGAUGUCCAAAUCUUAUUUAAUAGAUUACUUAAAUACUUUAAUGGGAAAGUUCCAAUGGAAUUGGUACUAACCAAAGAAGGUAUAUCUAGGAAUGAAUUGAAAAAGCUAUUUAACGUCAUGGACAAAUAUUUGGUUGAAGUCCGUCAUUGGUAA